CCGACAUUGCUUGCUCGCUGCCACGGCUCUCCGCUGCUUCUACCCCUGGCAAACGCCUGAACCCUGACGUGCUACGCAACAAGUGGUGCGCCCCAGGCACUGGAGCCGACUAUGCUUGCGGCGGGCUCCUCCCCGUCUUAGCACCACCUGUCCCCUGACUACAUCCGGCUAAUGUUCAAGUGCCCUCCUUUAUUCCCUCCGACAACCCCAAUCAGUACGGACUGUCCCUGGGCUGCAAACAGUCAGCGUGACGCCUUUGCUCAACCUUUGCACCCAGCGGCCUCAUCAUCACGCCGUAUGCAGCCUUGACACGGCACGCCAUCAUGGGGCGAAAGCAGGCUCCCCAGCCGCUGUCGCUCUCAGAGCCAAGCCCCGAGGAGACGGCCGCUCUCGCCGCCGCCAUCAGCGCCGCCGCGGAUCCUGCCUCUGUCGCAAAGACCUCUCCCUACUCUCCAUACUCAUCAUCGCCUGGCAUUGCUACCUCCCAAGAUUCCUCCUCUGUCGUCCCUUCGCGCGCGCCCGGUGGUCGGAGCCCCCAGCCUGGAGUGCACAACAGCGACGUCGCAAGCGCCCAUCACAUACUGCCAAUAUCCUCAUCCAACUCGGCCUCGCCAAAGUCCCCGCGCUCACCAUUCAGCCGCUUCAACACCUCGCGAAAACCCCAGGGCCCGUCCGAGCUACAUUCACGGCCAUCACACCAAACGCUUGGGAGCAGCUCGCGCCAACAGUCGUCCGACGACCUUCAGCUGGCACAAAGACCCAAGGCCGUGAGCGAGACGAGGCCACCCAAGACUUCCCAAGGAAGUCGUGGAGACCACCCCCCAACCGCGUUCCACAACAACAAGCACCACACCGACGACGAGAAGCAUACCCGGAGCGUGAGCGCCAGCCGCUUCUUCAACUUCAGCAAGUCCAAGUCAAGCAGCCAGCUGCCGCAGCACGGCGCAAGGGAAACAAUACCCGAGGGCUCCUCGCGCACCGUCGAAGCGCAGCAAUCAAGGUCUGAGAAGGGUAGGGUACUUCAAAAGCAGAACAUCAAACAAAGCGCGGAUACCCAUACCAAUACCCCCUCUCCGGGUCCGGAUUUAGAGCCUCUGGCUCGUUCGCAAUCAGAUCUUACCCAGACGAUCUCGGCGACUGAGGGUGAUUCGCAAGAUCCCAGACGCAACAAACAGAAGCAGUUCAACCUGCUUGCGCGGACGAGGUCGAUCAAGGACAGGGAUGCGCCGGAGGGUCGCAGCCUCACUGCAAAUAAUAUGCCUGAAUCAGAUGAGCGCAGCCAGGGCUACUCAAACCAACAGCCAUUGAAAACAGCACCCAUGAACCCGGAUGGUCCCGAGCGGUCCUUCAGAGGCAUGAUGAACUCGUCAACACGAAAUCAAUCGGCAGACAGAGCUGUGGCUCGUGAAGCACCACCACCCAGGGAAAAUCGCCAUGAUCGAGAUCACAGCAGGGCCAUGCCCUCCUCGUAUCGAGACAACGGCGGGUCGACGUUCUUUGGGGGACUCAAGAGUUCUGGUACCCGCGCGGUAGGCAUGGUCAGCCGCAACAUUUUCGGCAAGAGCAGUCGGAGCGGCAGCACAACGGAGAAGGAGCACGUGGUGGACGACGAGCACUACAUCAUCAAAGUCCUGAACAAGCCCUUGAUUGAGCAGACUCGGAUAACGCGGAUAUCCAAGCGUCUUGAGGACUCGCGAGACAAGACGGAGUUUUGGAUGCCAGCUUUCCCGUGGCGAGCCAUUGACUAUCUGAACUUCAAGGGUUGCGAAGUCGAGGGUCUUUACCGAGUUCCUGGCAGUGGGCCGCAGAUCAAGAAGUGGCAGCGGCGGUUCGACGAGGAGCAUGAUGUGGACCUUUUCAAGCAAGAAGAUCUGUACGAUAUUAACAUCAUCGGCUCGAUGCUGAAAGCCUGGCUCCGCGAGCUACCAGACGAGCUGUUCCCCAAGGAGGCCCAGGAAAGGGUAUCUCGCCAAUGCGAGGCCACAGAGGAGGUUCCACAAAUGCUCAUCGACGAGCUGUCAGACCUGCCUCCAUUCAACUAUUAUCUGUUGUUCGCCAUCACCUGCCAUUUGAGUCUGCUGCUUGGGCACUCUGACAAGAACAAGAUGGACUUCCGCAACCUCUGCAUCUGUUUUCAGCCCUGCAUGAAGAUCGACGCUUUCUGCUUCCGCUACCUCGUAUGCAACUGGAGGCAGUGCUGGCAGGGCUGCAAGCAUGAGGCGAAAUAUAUCGAGGAGGAGUAUCGCCUCUUCGAGCAGCCUCCGCCAGUAGUUACCGAUGGUCGCUCACAGACAUACCUGACUGUUGAGGACCACAGUAAUGACCGGGACGAGGCCUCAUCGGCAUAUGCCUCGGCAUACGAAGAACGCAACAUCUCAUCCUCAGAUAGCAGCAAGCCAGGGUCUGCUAAUGGGAAACUGCGGAAACCCCAGCCGUCCUCUACCGGUCAAUCUAACGGCAGCUCGUCCUCCGCUGCAGCAAACCUGAGCAUCAACAGUGAGCGAAGUACAAGGACUAAAGAGGAGCCAAGGGGAGGAUUGCGGCCCUUGUCACCCAUCAAACCUCUGUCACCGCUGGACUUUGGCGAGUCAACUUGAAGCGAUGUGUUGUCAUUGAUACAUGGUACCAUGCUCUUGUAUCGAUCUUCUUCGAUUAUACCCCU